ACACAAAUAGUUUGGACAAAAAGGUUUUUUUUAGGUGUUCACGUAAUGCCGUUUGUCACAGAAACAAUGCUGACCAUGAUGAAAAAUCACAAAUCAUGACAAAAAUGUGAGAAACUUGCGCAUCAAAACAAGCAUUAUUUUUCCAUUAGAGUUGACAGGACUUGACAAGGUCCGCAGAGGUGGAGCCCCGCCCACUAGGUUCAGCGAGGGGUACCGCGACAUCCGACUGCUCGAAUCGCCCUCGCGAUACUAUGAUGUCAUAAGUCGAUAGGUCUGCGCGGUGUGUCUUCGGUAUUGUGAGGCAGGAGGGGAGGGGCUUCCGGACGGGGCGGGUCUGUCUCUUCUCUUCCGCAGACUUGGAGCUCUAUCACACAGACAGCAGGAUGGAGCAGAUGCUCGGCCGCCCCAGCGCUCCGCUCGGUCCGGUUCUGCACGUGUGUUUCCCGAGCGUCCGCGCGUCCGUUCUGGAGAAUCUCAACCGGCAGCGCGAGGAGGGUCAGUUAUGCGACCUGUCCAUCCAGGUGCAGGGUCAGGUGUUCCGAGCCCACCGCUGUGUGCUGGCCGCUUCAUCUCCCUACUUUCAUGACCAGGUUCUGUUGAAGAACGUAACCACGGUUUCUCUUCCCUCUGUGAUGGAUCCUUUGGCGUUCGAGAGCGUCUUAACCUCCGUGUACACGGGACAGCUCAGCAUCGUACGCGAUGACAUCGUCAACUACGUCACCGUUGCCAGUUUCCUUCAGAUGUGGCACAUCGUGGACAAGUGCACAGACAUCCUUAAGAGGUCACGACCUUUAGCCCAGCUCAGCCCAGGCGGGGCUACCUCCUCCAGCCACCAGUCGCCCAGCAGCUCGGACUGCUGUUUUGCGGAGGAGCAGGACCGAGGAGCGGGCGAGCAAAGCGUCGCCCUGGAGAAGAGGGAGCACGGCGCGUUACCUCCUCUGGCCACCUGGAGGCGUCCUCAUCAUCAUCAUCAGCAGCAGCAGGGCAGGUGGGGCAGAAGCAGCCUCUCCAUCCCCCUCAAAGCGGAGUCUCCCCGGCCCGACUGCCACGCAGAUCACAGCUGCUCCGUCGUACCUCUGACGCACAACGUGGAAAACGAAGUGGACUCCGGCGCGCGCCACAGGUUCCGAACACGCCUCCAAAGAGCCCGAGAGGAAGAGGAGCACAGGAGGAGAGGGGAGAGGUGGAUGGAGGCGGACGAAGGGGUGGGAGAGUUCUCGGAAGAGGAGAAAGUGAGAGUGAAGUGUGAGGAGCAUCAGGCCGGGGGACGUCUAAGAGAGAGGGAGUGCGGAGGGAGCGAAGUGUGCCAUCCAUCUCAAACGGAUCCGCCCGCUCAGUGGCACGGUGAUGCCGAUUGGCCGCCGGGUUUGUGCGCUCGGUCGGACGGCAAGAAAGACUCCGCCAGGAGAGGUUGCGCGGAGGAGGCCGACGAAGACGGAAUGGACAUCGGCCGAUUCCCCGACGGCGAAUUCCAGACCUACGAUGAGAUUCAGGAGGCCACGGGGCAAGUUUCCCAGCGUCCUUUACUCCCCGUGCCCCCCGACGAGUUCGCGCCGGGACCCUCCGAGCUCUCUUGGCCCCAGACCGUCUCGCCGGCGUCGCAGUCCUCCUCCGUUCCGCCCUCUUCCUCUCCUCCGCUCACCUCCCCCUCGUCUCCUCUCUCUGGGACGUCCUAUGCGGGCAAAGUUCACUACUGCCACUGCGGUAAAGCCUACACGCUGAAGAGCAUGCGCGACCGGCACGUCAAGAUGCAGCACCUGAAUCUCCGUCCAUUCGCCUGUCCCGUAUGCUCCAAGAGCUUUAAAAUGAAGCACCACCUGACCAAACACGUCAAGACUCAUGGAAGCCUGCGGCCGUACGAGUGCGUCUUCUGCGGCAAGAAGAUCGUCUGGAGGGACAGUUUCUUGAAACACCAGGCUCGCUGUCAGCGUCUCUCCGCCGCCACGUCGGCGUCCAUCACUGUGGAGGUGAGCUGUGAGCGGGAGGACGAGUUUCCAUCUGAUGACGGGCCGGGACAAGUGAAGAAGGAGAAAACAGCAGAAUAUUAAACGGACUUUCAACAUCACCCUUCACUUCUCUAGAAAUCACUAUACAACGAAUAUAUGUAGCAGUGCCGUGCUGUAUUAAAGACACACAUGAUGGUCAUUAUUCAAAAUUUACUUAAAACAUUUAUCUGUGUGAAAGACACUCGCGGAAGGCUUGGACAUGCACACGUUUAAAGUCGCUUUCACACGGACCUGCCAAAUCAUGUGAUGUUAAUCUUGAUCAUCAUUAGAAUGUGUUCUCGUUUACUUUUGUAAAAGUGUAAAGUGGUUUCUGUACUUUGAGUUAAUGAAUCAUUUUUCUCACUUUGUGAAUAAACCAGUUCAAAUCCCUCAACCAUACACGCAUGUGAGUGACCAACACACACGACACGACAAAAAUUCUGAUUCAUGUUCACACACAAACAUAAAUCUGGUGCCAACAGGUGAAGCUAAUGCUCUAACAAAUGCAAAAUUAAAGGGACAGUUCACCCAAAAUGAAAAUGCUUUCAUCAUUUCCUCACCUUUGAGUUGUUCCAAAUCUGUAUAAACUUCUUUGUUCUGAUGAACACAGAGAAAGAUAUUUGGAAGAAUGCUUCUAACCAGACAGAUCUUGACCCCCAUUGACUCCCAUAGUAGGAAAAAAACAACGGUAGUCAAAAGUGCCCCAGAACUGUUUGCUGUCCUACAUUCUUCAACAUGUCUUCUUCUGUGUUCAUCAGAACAAAGACAUUUAUACACAUUUGGAGCAACUCAAAGGUGAGGAAAUGAUGACAGAAUUUUCAUUUUUGGGUGAAGUAUCACUUUAAAUAUUGUCAUCGAAUAAAAUAAAAGAGCCAUGAACACCUCAAAUGAAGAACUAGAAUUGAAUACAUGAUCCGUUCAGAUCCACUGUGCUGUAUUGUGAGAAUCGCAGACUGUCAGACGUCUUUUGUGUGUUGUGUUUGUUGUGUAGAUCAGUGAUCAGAUUCAACACUCUUCUGCAUCUGUGUGUUUGUCCUCAAAUAAAAAAACAUCCUUUAACUUUCAUUUGCUUCUCCAGCAAACAAGACCCGUGUAAAUAUUUGUACGGACAUAAAGAUUCAAUCACUACAGACAUAAACAGGACAAACAGAAAAGGAAUAAGAUUAUUAUCAAUAUGAAAAGCGAGUUUACACUUCAGUACUGUAGGGAUGUCUGGCCUCGAUGUGCAUGCGUCUGGACAUUUGUGUGAGAACUCACCGGUCCUUCAUUGCUUCUUUCUCUGUCUCACAUGACUGUUCAUUGUUGAUCUUCACACAGACGAGUUUGUAACAUUUCGUUUUUGAUUUAACAACAUUUUUGUUUAAAAGAGUUUAUAUGCACACUGAAAAACCAAUCUGAAUGUGUGCAUAAUGUGUUUAAUCUGACCUUUAAUGAAAUAAAUAAAAACGUUUUCAUAUGAGAUUCUGGGACACGUUUCAUUAACACCACCCACCUUUCAUUUGUAAAUGUACUUUGUUAAAAAGGCAGUUUAAAAGAUGUAUACUAUAGCACACUUGAAUGAACUUUUUUGUCAGGGAAAUUUACAUUCAAAUGUUUGGAAUCACAAAGAAAUAUUGAUUUGAACCAGUUACACAGUGUCCCUCGAUUCACCACAAACACUUCCAAAAGCACUAGUCACACUAGAACUGUGUAUUAACGCACAUGUGUAUUUAUAAUAUAUAGGACUUGUGUUGUGUAAUGGCAAAGUAUUCAUGACCGCAGGGAACGGUGUGUUCACUGAGAGCACAGAGGAGAAACAGCAGAUAUGAGAUUCACAAAACAAACCACACAUGAAAUAAACAUAAUAUAAAUAAAAAUGAAGAGUCAUUGACAUGUUGACCUCUUGUCAUAUCACCACACAUGUGAAUAUCAGAAUAAC